AUGCGCAACACCGGAUACGUCCACCUUGUCGCCCCUGCUGGACUUCACCCCGUGCGUCUGGCGCUCUGCAUCGGCGGUAUUGUCUUCGAAGAAAGGUCUUUAUCACCAACUGAUGUUGCGGAGGGGCAGUACGCAGAGUUACACGUGAAUGGAACAUCUUUUACGCAUUUUGAUGCUAUGAUUCGUCUUGCGGGACGUCUGAGUGGCCUAUAUCCAGUCAGCUCCCCCGUCAUGGCUCUCCAUGUCGAUGAAAUUCUUCACGUUCUGAACGAAGCACGAGCUAAAACAAACACCUCAAGCGAAUUAGAGACGACCAACAUCUUGCGUUACGCUUCGUCAAUCGAGGCACGACUUCAGCGUCUGGGAGGGAUUCCCGCGUUUAAGGUUUUGAAUGAUAACGUGUUUCUCCAUGAGAUCGCUUUGUACUGCUGGGUCAAGUCAAUUAGGAAGACGGAACUCGAUGUUGAGGUUGACAAGCAUAAGUGUAUCUUCGCAGCGGCGUCGAAGGUGGAGAAUCACCCAAGAGUGAAGCACCUGAGCACACAAGAUUCAAAAAUGUACCCGAAGCUGAAGCUCACUUAUUUUCCGUUUCCUGGACGUGCUGAGCCAAUUCGUUUGGCUCUGUUUAUCUCUGGGAUUCCUUUUGAGGACGAGCGCAUUGAUGUGGAAGAGCUAAACAAAAGACGCUCGACGCUGCCGUUUAACCAGCUACCGGUGCUUCAAGUCGAUGGAGAGGUCGUCUCACAGGCCCUAGGAAUUCUCCGCUAUGUUGGCACACUCGGGGGACUCUACUCGCCCAGUAAUAGCAAGGAGGUUUUCCGGAUCGACGAGUUGUUUUCCGUAAUCGAUGAAUUUUAUAGCUCCUACACUUGGAACGCGUCGUACUUUGAAACGGACUCGGUGGAGCAGAUGCGGUUGCGAACAAUUCUGGCGAAAGAAACUCUCCCCAAGACAUUGAACUUCCUCGAGCAGCGAACGUCGAAGUGGAAUGAACGCUAUUCUGUGUGUGCCAGACUCACCGUUGCGGACCUUGCUAUUUACUCGUUGCUAUGGACGUUUCAAAGCGGACGCAUUCUUGGUGUUCCAGUGUCUGUAGUUGCGCCGUACAAGAUGUUGCUCGGCAUUUAUGAAGCUGUCGCCAAUCAUCCAAAAGCGCGUGAAUGGGGUUUUAUGAAGCACUGA